AUGGGGGAAGUUAGUCUCAAAUCUCAAUUCCCUAGAUUGUACCAAUUGAGUGAAGAGAAAGAGAUCUCAUUGAGCAAUCUGAUAUCAAGGAAAGAUCUGUCUAAUGAAUGGAGCUUUAGGUUUAGAAGAUCUUUACAUGCUUGGGAAGAGGAAGAAAAUUCAAGGCUUAUUGCUUUGCUGGAUGUUGGUCCUUGUUUGCAUAUGGAACAAAGUGAUUCCAUGAGAUGGAAAACAGGCCCAAAUGGGCUUUUCAAGGUGAAUACUAUUUACAAAUGGUGUCAAUUGGCAAAUGGUUUAAAAUCCACCUCCACAGGGCUAAUCUGGAAUACUUUUGCUCCACUUAAAUCCAAGUUUAUCAUGUGGUCGAAUAUAAUGCAGUGGUGGGGACUGCCAUGGGUAGUUCCAGGGUCUUUAGAAGAGUUGCUACAAUGGUGGAUGAGUUGGAAGUUUAGGAAAAAGGAAAGUCAAGUUUGGAGAGCAAUCCCAGCAGCUGUGAUAUGCAGGAUUGAGGCUGGUGUUUGCUGGUUGGUUGUUGGUCUGCCAUAUGGUAUUGGAGGGCUAGUAGUUGAUGCAUUACCCUACGAUUACAGUGCCACUAGGGAAUGUUUGGAAAAUCCACACAAACCUCAGUACAGUGGAGGAAUUGUAGUGAACCCAGAAUUAGAUGAUGGAUUGAAGGGCUGGACAGUGUUUGGAGAUGCAAAAAUAGAGCAUAGAGCAUCGAAAGGAGGCAACACAUACCUUGUCGCAAGACACAGACACAAAUCGCAUGACAGUUUUUCACAGAAGUUUCAAUUGGAGAAGGGAAUGUUCUACACCUUUUCUGCAUGGUUGCAAGUAAGCCUAGGAAAUGCAAAAGUAGCAGCCAUGUUCAAAACACCAUCAGGCUUUGAACAUGCCGGUUGGGUUGUUGCCAAGUCUGGCUGUUGGUCCAUGCUUAAGGGUGGCCUUGUUGUUAAUGCUUCUGGCCCUUCUCACCUCUAUUUUGAGAGCAACAAUACAUUGGUUGAGAUAUGGGCAGAUAGCAUUUCCUUACAACCAUUCACCGAAAAGCAGUGGAGAUCUCAUCAACAUCAAAGCAUUGAUAAGAAUCGCAAGAGCUCAGUGAAACUUAUUGCGAUGGAUGACAAAGGCAAUCCUCUAGCAAACGCCAAGUUCUCCAUAAAGCAACAAAGGCCCAAUUUCCCAUUCGGUUGUGCCAUGAACAAGAACAUCCUCACCAACACUGGCUACCAAAACUGGUUCAGGUCCAGGUUCAGAGUAACCACAUUCGAGAAUGAAAUGAAAUGGUACAGCACCGAGUUUUCAAGAGGCAGGGAGGACUACUCUGUUCCUGAUGCCAUGCUCCGGUUUGCUAGCACAAACAACAUCCGUGUGCGUGGUCACAACGUUUUCUGGGACGAUCCUAGGUUCCAGCCGCAAUGGGUGAAAUCGCUCUCAUCUAAUGAUCUUUUGUUUGCUGUCAACAAAAGGGUGAACUCCAUUGUCCCCAGAUAUGCAGGGAAGGUCAUAGCGUGGGAUGUAGAGAAUGAAAACUUGCAUUUCCGGUUCUUCGAAAGCAAGCUUGGGCCAAACGCUUCCGCCAUGUUCUUCAACGAUGUUCACCGGCUUGACCCUGGAGCCAUGUUGUUCUUGAACGAUUACAAUACGAUUGAACAGAGUGGUGACGUGGCAUCCUCACCCGCCAGCUACUUGCAGAAGUUUCUACAGAUUCGGUCAGGGGGUUAUCGAGGACCAAUGGCGAUUGGACUUGAGUCACAUUUCAGUACUCCCAACAUUCCUUACAUGAGAGCUGCAAUUGACAAACUUGGUGCUACAGGGUUGCCAAUUUGGCUCACUGAAGUAGAUAUACAAGGCCCCAAUCAGGCUACCUUCUUAGAUCAAGUGUUAAGGGAAGGGUACUCACAUCCUCGUGUCAAUGGGAUCAUAAUAUGGGCGGCAUGGAGUCCACAGGGGUGUUAUCGGAUGUGUUUGACAGACAACAAUUUCAGAAAUCUCCCAACUGGAGAUGUCGUCGACAGGCUCAUCAAGGAGUGGAGCCAUUCAAGAUUGUCUGCAGGCACCACAGAUUCCAACGGUCACUUUAAAACUCACCUUUUUCAUGGACAUUACGAAGUCACUAUCACUCACCCGAAUAUGGUGAAUUCUUCAGUGACUCGAAACUUCAAGAUUGCUCCCAUAAAAAAAUCUCAGCAAAAAUUGCUACAUGUUAAAGUUUCCGCGUGACAGUUGUUUAGUUUUAGUUUUUGAAUGGUUGUAUUGUUUUUGGGUUGUUGGUUGAUUCUUCACAUGGAUGUGUUGAAGAAUUAAGGAUGUCUUUGAAUCUCUCAUUUGUGG